GCGGGGUUGGAACUAGGUGAUCUGGAAGGCACCUGCUGCUGCAAACUAUUCUAUGAUUUUAAACUCAACCUCUACAAUGCACAUGUGGAGCAUAUAUAAGCUGGCAAGCUGGCAGGUGCAGCCAGGCAAACUUUCAGGGAACCAAGCAAACAUGAGUUAGUGUUUUUCACAGUAGGUUUCUGACGCUGGUGUCUGCUUCAGUGCAGAUGAGCCAGCCAUUUAACACAUAAUACACACAAGCAUUUAUUUCAAAUCAAACUCACUUGCAAGGAAAGAAAAAUAAAAUUAAAAAAUAAAAAAAGGAAAAAAAAGUGGCAGAAAUUCUCCCGCGGCCGAGCAUUCACGCACCGCCGCGGCACCACUACCGGGCCCCCUGGACCGGCGCUUCCCGGGCCCCGCCGCAGCGCCUGCGCGGCCGCUCGCCCGCUCUCGCCGUUCCCCGAAGCUUCGUGAAGAUUCCGGAAGGCUCCGGCCGGCUCUUUCCGCCGGGGGAACUGCCCCGCCCCCGGUGCUGCUGCCCGGCUUCCUCCCUUCCCUCCCUCUUCCUUCCGCCGUGCUCCGCCGGGCUCCCGGGCGGCUGGGCAGGAGGUGCUGCGGCCAUGUCGCUGCUGUGCUACAACCGGGGCUGCGGGCAGCGCUUCGACCCCGAGACCAACACGGAGGAUUCCUGCACAUACCAUCCAGGUGUGCCCGUUUUUCAUGAUGCUCUCAAAGGUUGGUCGUGUUGUAAGAGGAGAACAACAGACUUUUCUGACUUCUUAAGCAUUGCGGGCUGUACCAAAGGUCUCCAUAACAGUGAGAAGCCUCCUGAGCCUGUUAAACCAGAAGUCAAAACUACCUCUGAACGAAAGGAGCUAGCUGAACUGAAACCCAAAUUUCAAGAGCACAUAAUUCAGGCACCAAAACCAUUGGAAACAAUUAAGAGGCCAAGCCCAGAUGAGCCAAUGACAAAUUUGCAGCUGAAAGUGUCAGCUUCCCUGAAACAAGCUCUCGAUAAACUGAAACUGUCAUCAGAAAAUGAAGGGAGAAAAGAGGACGAUAGUGAUGAAAUCAAGAUUGGGACGGCAUGUAAAAAUGCAGGCUGUUCAAAGACAUACGAAGGACCACACAGCACAGAAGAAGUAUGUAUAUACCAUUCUGGUGUACCUAUAUUCCAUGAAGGGAUGAAGUAUUGGAGCUGUUGUAAAAGAAAAACUUCUGACUUCAAUACGUUUUUGGCUCAAGAAGGUUGCACAAGAGGAACACACGUAUGGACUAAAAAGGAUGCAAGUACAAAAGUAGUUCCAUGCAGACAUGAUUGGCACCAGACUGGAGGAGAAGUGACUAUUUCUGUAUAUGCUAAAAACUCUGUCCCUGAUCUGAGCUACGUAGAAGCUAACAGCACAAUGGUAAAUAUCCAUAUUGUAUUUGAAGGAGAAAAAGAGUUUCAUCGCAGUGUAAAGUUAUGGGGAGUGAUCGAUGUGAAGAGGAGUUACGUGAACAUGACCGCUACAAAGAUUGAGCUCACUAUGAGAAAAGCAGAGCCCCUGCUGUGGGCAAGUCUGGAGUUACCAGUAUCCAGCACACAACCAAAACAGGAGAGUUCGGAUCAAUAACGAUUCCAAGAGACAAGUUAUUUCCCAUGAUAAAGUGGUGACUUGCUACUGUAAUCAAAUAUUUAACUUUUAUAUAGAUUCCUUUUUUUUUAAUGCUAGAUCAUCUGUUCCCUUCUAGAAAGAAAUUUGACGCACAGUAAAUGGGGGUGUAAACUUGAAAGGGUAGCGGUUAUUUCUGCUCUUGUUCCCAUGGGUAUGUUUAUGUGAGAUGCAAUGUCUCCAUGGGAAUUUAGAGUAAAACAGCUAUUGCCCUUUGCUUGCAGCCUUCCCUACCAUGCACUGACUAUCCCAGUAGAUGUGCUUUCUGUUCACAGUGGGUUUCUUUGUUUUUCAGCUGUUCUGUUUAGACUGGAUGCAUUCAGUAGCCCGUGUUAAAUUCAACACUGUUAUGAAGCAUACAGUAUGCAGAUACAAAAAUCUGAGUUUGAACUGAUCAGCAUGUUAUUCCACAUCUAGAGUAAAAGGUUACAUAAACAGAAAUACAAAGUUGUACGUUUGUAGACUUCCGUGUUCUGAAACGAAGGUUUUUUUCAAUACCUGUUGGCUAUGGAGGGAUUAAAUAAUUGCUGUUAUUCCAAGGAUUUCAGUACUUGGCGACUCCUGCUGUCUUUCGUGUAUCAAAGCAGAUCAGGUUAAAGUUAAAAAAAAGGUGGCAAGAAGGGAUUUUUUUUUACUGCUUUACAUUUGCUAUUUGAAUAAUUAAAUAUAAAAGCAAAUGGACAGAGAAAUAGCUGUAUAACUUAGCAUUUCAGCCGUGAAGAGUAUGCAAACAGCCAAGUUUCAUAAAAUUACCAAAGCGCUGUACGUAUUUGACAGCCUUUAGAAUGUAUAGUCUGUCCUAUUCUACAACAGUGAAAAUCUCAAGACUCUUCUCAUAGGUGGAUAUGUGUAGUAGGAGAAGCCAGGACACACUGUAGGUGUCUUGAUAAAACAGUUGCCACAUAAAUGUGUGUAUCUCUUGACUCUGAGGAUGGUCAUCUAAGAACUGCAGUUACAUACAGGACAAAUUUUAAGAAAAACAACUGCUUUAAAAUGUCUGUCUUAAAUUUUAAUUAUAUCAAAAUACUUUAAAAGAAUACUGUAUCUUUUAAGUAAACCCUAAUUAGAAACCAAGACUGUAGUUUUGUUUUCAGUUCAUCAGUAAAGGUAUGUGGCUGAAAACAGGGUAGCUGUAAAAAUGAGAUUUUUUUUUUUUUAUCCAAGCAGCAACACACACAGUAAUGUUGCUUUCCAUUUCUGCUUGGAAUAAUUUCUUAGUUUUGGCUUGCAGCCGAAAUAAAGAUGUUUUCCUAUAAAAGUAAUAAAAAAUGCACACCAUUAUUUAUUGUGCCUAAUGCUAUCUAUGUAAACAAGAGGUCUUAUGGACUGUUAGAAUGUAUGGAUGCUCAUCUACCAGUCUUGGCAGACCUGGAAUAGUGUCAGGAGAAACACAGGGUGUAGUAAAGGCAAUCUGAAGUGAAAGACAGAUUUUUAAGAAUCUUGCUGUUUUCCAUUAAGUAUGAUUUGACUUGAGCUCAGACUUCUGUCUCUAACAAUACUUGAAGUCCUACUUCAUGCUUAAAGUAGUAGGAAAUACAUUACCAAAGAAACCAUCCCUGAACACCAAGAAAGUAACACUGGUGAUACAAAUAUAUAUAUACAUGUAUACAUAUAAAAAAUUGUUUUGGUGCUUCUCUGCCUUCAUUUCAAGAUCUUUUGUGCUCGAUUACUUAGUUUGAGCAUAGUUUUGUACUUCCUUGGGCCCUUCUAAAAAAUUUCAGCUGUAGGUUGUGCUGUAUAGAUUCUGUUAACUUCUAAUAAUGCCUUUUUUUUCUUUUUUCUUUUUUCUUUUUUCUUUUUUCUUUUUUUUUUGUAAUUUGAAAAUGUCAGGCACUGCAAAGUGAUAGGGUACAAGCUUAUAAAAUGUGUGCCUGCCAAGUGGUCCUGUGAAAAUUGGACAGAUGUUCCUGGAUGUGUUCUGAACCAACAAGUGGAGUACUUCUUAGUAUGACACUGAGAACAUCAGUGGAUGAAAAAUUCUAGAUAGCUGUAGCUACUAGCAUGCCGUCUGUGUUUGUGUGUGCAGAACUCCGAACUUGGACAGCAAAAUCAGCAGUGCUUAAAUGCCAGGAUAAAGUUCUUGUUUAACAAGCAAGUUCAAAUGUAUCUAUCCAUAUGGAUAUAUAAAUAUCCUAAAUAUGUUUAAAAAUGUGGAAAACAUAUUUUCACUUAAUUUGCAUCCUCAUGUGCAGUAGGUUUACAUAAUGUAAAAACCAUUUUAAAGAGCUACAUGGAAAAUGGAAUUCCUUGGCAAAACGGAAUUUGUGUUUUUUAAAUAAGUCAUAUUCUGCCUUAGUGCAUUACACCCUAAGUGGAGAGAAAUGUGGAUGAAUGGACCAUCUGCUGUAAAUGCUGCAGGCUUUGAGAUCCUGUAACUACUUGUUACACUCUUAAUUUCAAACUACGUUCUCCUGGUAGCUUAGUCACCUUGGCCAUAAGUGGGAGAAAGCUCCUGUAAAUACAGUCCCCAAUUUUGCUUUUGUUUUUUAUUCCUUCCUCCUGCUCUUCUCCUGUUGUUCAUACUUUUAGCACAUAACUAAAGAUACUUCAGGUGUUCUAUAAUGACUCCCCCCAUCAGUGGCAAUACAACCACUUUUAAAACUUACCUGUUUAAAAAAGCAAGCAAAGAAGAACCCAUAAAAACCCCACCAGCGUUGGUCAGGCAAGAAGGUAUAGAUUUUACAAUAACAGCAUAGUUUCUGUGGCCUGGGAUGAUUUUCAAAAUAGAUAAACCUUCAGAUGGCCUAGACUGCCAUAAACUGUCAGUUUAACUGCAGCAAUUCUUAGCAGUUUUUUAUAACCAUAUGUCUGCAUCUAUCCUGAAGCUGCAAGAGCUGUAUCCCUCACUGAAUUUGUGUGUUUUGAGCAGUUCCUCACAGGCUUCAACACAUCAAGGGUUGAUUGUGGUGUUUCAUGCAAUGACAUCAUGCAUAGUGGUAGCAGACACUUCGAUGGAAUGUUGGCUUGGCUGUAACUUUUAUUAGUAAGUGUGGAGAGAAGAUGAGGCCAACUGUAGUGUACUAAACUUGUGUACUAAUCAUGAUUGAUGUUUUCCCAAAAGCAAGAUUUGUCAAGUAAGCAAAGUGGUUUCUGAUCACAGGCUUUCACCUGUCUUGUAAUGUUACACUAAAUUGCCAACCAGUAUGAACAGGAAUACUUGGUGUUGAAUUUAGCCUUUUUUCAUGCUUUCAGAUGUUGUGCUGUAUUUAUCCAAUUGACUAAGUUGAUACAGUCUAACUCUAUUUUUAUAAAUAAGUGUUUAAGAGCUGAAGUGUGUUUCAGUAUGGGAUUAUGUGUUACACAUGUAGACAAGCAUGUUACAUGAGUCAGAACUGAUUGUCCAGGUGCAUAUAAAGCUUUACCUUCAGGAUCCCUUUAUAACAGGAAAAAUUGCAUGGGUAUACAAGUUUGUGACAAAUCUUAAUAUUUUCUCUCAAUAAGGCCAUUUUCCUAUCUAACAUAACAUAUUUUGUACUUAAUAUUACAUCCCAGGUAACAAGUGAUAGGAUGAGAGGAAAUGGCCUCAAGUUGUGCCAGGAGAGGUUUAGAUGGGAUGUUAUGAAAAAUGAUUUUCAUGGAAAGAGUUGUCAAGCGUUACAACAAGCUGCCCAGGGAGGCAAUGCGGUUACCAUACCUGGGGCUGUCCAAAACAUAUGGGUAUGGCAUUUAAGGACAUGGUUUAAUGGUUAAUGUGGUGGUGCUACUUUGGUGGUUGGUGAUCUUAGGGGUUUUUUUAAUCUUAACAAUUCUAUGAUCUUGUAUCUGUAAUAACAUUUCUCAGAGGAAUUGGAAGUUAAGUGGAAUGUUAAUACACUGCUGAGCACAGGGCUGAUUGUCUACUCUGACUCGUAGGUCAUGCAUGGCAUUGAUACAACUUGACAAAAAAAUCUUCCAUUGGAUGGUAUUCUGGAUUGUGUACAUUACCAAGUCACCAUUUCAGUAGUUUAGGAAUUAGUUUUACUAGGAAUUUUGCCUUGGAAAAAAAAUAUACCUGUUCUACAUAAUGAUGCAUUUUUGGCUUGCAUUCUUUAAACAUGGCACGAGUACUGAUUAAAUAAAUACUGUACCUGUUAAUGAUUGGUCUUUCCCAAUUUGCUGCUAAUUUUUUUUUACUUCUGUGCAGGAAGGAAAUAAUUUUUAAAGUAAUGAGUUAUGUGUCUGGAACACUGUUUUAGGGUAGUGAUAAUUUUCUCAUGAUAAGAGUCUUGAAUUGCAGUUGAAGAGGAGAUGACUUUUUGCAUGGCUGUUUGAUUCUGCGCAUUCAUAAAACUUCAAUGCAGAAAUUAAUCUCAUGUCUUCAUGCUCUAGUUUUUUCUAAAUGUAUUCAAUAAAAUUCUUAUUACAUGCUGGUUGCA